AUGUCUUUUAAUGGGAAAAUUUUUAUAAUGCAGUAUGGGCCCAUAGUUGACAUUGAUCUGAAAGUACCUCCAAGACCGCCGGGUUAUGCUUUCGUUGAGUUUGAAGAUCCCCGUGAUGCCGAAGAUGCAAUUAAUGGUCGGGACGGAUAUAAUUUUGAUGGCUGUUGCUUAAGGGUUGAACUCGCACAUGGAGGUCGAGGAUAUUCAUCAUCAGCUGAUCGUUAUAGCAGUUACAGUAGCAGUAGCCGUGGGGUUUCCAGGCGUUCGGACUAUCGUGUGCUGGUGACUGGAUUGCCUUCUUCUGCUUCGUGGCAAGACCUGAAAGAUCACAUGCGGCGUGUUGGUGAUGUCUGUUUUUCUCAAGUCUUUCGUGAUCGUAGGGGUAUGACGGGAAUUGUGGACUACACAAACUAUGACGAUAUGAAA